UAACAAUAAUAAAGAACUAAUAAUACAAUGGUAUGUUCUUAAGUUAAAAGUUGGAACAACAUCCUCCCUAUAUGCUCAAUCCUCUAUCUUUAUCUAAAAAAAAGACAAAAGGUUGUGCAUCUUUGGAGUGAUGCUUUGUUGAAAAUUCUUGAAGUUUCUGGGUAUUUCGCUCGUAUUAAGCGUUGGCUAAUGCCGACUCUUCUACAGCAUGUAUCAGAUUAUUAAGAAAGAAGUAUUCACUUCUUAGAUGCACAGGCUGAGUAUCUUUAUAUGAUACUGUAGAGUUAAGGUUUAUAAAAAGGAAUGUUCGUUGACAUUUAUUUGAGAGAACCCUUUUUAUACUAACUUGCUCAAUGACACAGCCUUCUUCCAAGAAAGUUGCUCCAGCUCCAUUAGCCGCCAAAUCUAAAGUUACUGCUAGUCCAAAGAAUCCAUUGAUCGAAUCUACUCCAAAGAACUUUGGUAUCGGUCAAAGUAUUCAACCUACCAGAAACUUAUCCAGAUUUGUUAGAUGGCCAGAAUAUGUUAGAUUGCAAAGACAAAAGAAGAUUUUGUCUUUAAGAUUGAAGGUUCCUCCUUCUAUUGCCCAAUUUUCCCAAACUUUGGACAAGAACACUGCAGCUCAAGCCUUCAAGUUGUUCAACAAGUACAGACCAGAAACUUCUGCUGAAAAGAAGGAAAGAUUAACCAAGGAAGCCGCUGCUGUUGCCGAAGGAAAGUCCGCCAAGGAUGCUUCUCCAAAGCCAGUGGUUGUCAAAUACGGUUUAAAUCACGUUGUCUCCUUGAUUGAAAACAAGAAGGCCAAAUUAGUUUUGAUUGCUAACGACGUCGACCCUAUUGAAUUAGUUGUUUUCUUACCAGCUUUAUGUAAGAAGAUGGGUGUUCCAUAUGCCAUUGUUAAGGGUAAGGCUAGAUUAGGUACCUUAGUCCACAAGAAGACCUCUGCUGUUGCUGCUUUGACUGAAGUUAACGGUGCUGAUGAAGCUGAAUUAUCUAAAUUAGUUUCUACCAUCAAUGCUAACUUUAUUGAAAAGUACGAAGACAACAGAAGACACUGGGGUGGUGGUAUUAUGGGUUCUAAAGCCAACGACAAGAUUGCCAAGAGAGCUAAGGCCUCUGCUAGCGUUGCAACCUCUUCUUAGAGUUAACCUACUUUUAAUCAUUUAUUCUAUAUUCUUCUUUUGUAUAUUUAGCUAGUUUCCUUUAAUCUCACGUUCCAACUU